AUGGCCGCCACUCUCGUACCUGCUGUUCCCACGUCUCCUACUCUCAAGACUACUGUACACAUGACACCGAAUACUGACGCUUCUGCUCCUGCCAUAGUUGCCGGAGACGAAGGGGCAGUAGUAGCGCUGGAGAAGUCUUUUUCCAUCGUAUCUGUAGCCGGGACUCCUGAGAAUACACCCCCUGUCAAGAAACGAAGACGCGACGAAAGCUCACAUCCCACAAAAAAGAAGAAGAAGAAGAAGAAGGAUACAGCUCAAUGCGUAGGCUACUACGUCGAUGCUCUGGACAAGAAGAUGCUCUGGGGAGAAGCUAGUAUCGUUCAGUGCAAUGUAGCUACUCGGAAAAUCAAGGUGCACUUUGUUGGGUGGAGCAAGAAUCACGACCUCUGGACUGACGUCAUGUCGAUAACGGCCCACGGUCGUUACGCCCUUCGCACGAAGGACAAUACUGUAAAAAGCUGGAAUGGCGACAUGCGCCUGUUUGAAGGCGUGCUCGGCAUCAUCGAGGAAAGCACGUGUCCGCCAGUGCCACGUCAAAUACCGGAUAAUCAUCAGGUCACGUUGUUGUCUGCUGGUUUAGCGAGAAAAACUGGUGAUAGAGCGGAAGUAUCUAGGGUGGAUAAUACGGAGCGACCAGCGUCAAGAGGAAAAGCGAAUGUUGAUUUUAGGAACAAGGUCAGUUCGGAACGCACCAUUGUGGCACGGAAGGGGGUUGAGAAAAGCAACGGGCCUUGGCACGAAACUGCGCGCCGCUUGAAGCGGGUGAAGAAAGUGAAGAGCGCCGAAAAGAGUGUGCAAGUGCCAAUGCAAUGCGUGACAAAGACGAAGCGAGAAGGUCGGCAAUUCACUGCUUUGACAGCAGAGAAGGCUUGUGCGCCCACACAGGCGCGAGUCUUUUUUUCGAAUGAGCUGCCAGUCUUUUGUAACCUCGAGCUGGACGACGGCACUGCGAUGGACUUCUCGGUACAGCGCGAGAUGGCGCGCGUGGAGCGAGAGGCACUGCAGAGUUUCCUGGAUGAGUGUGCUGUGAUUUGGAAGAAACAAGUGCGUGCGCUACCGGCAGAGUAA